GAAGAAACUGGAUUCAUACAAAGUUGAAGUCAAAAGGCCAGCCCAGCGCACCCAUUGUGCGACCUCCCGGAUGCUACGACGGGUCUGCUCCGCAGCGCUGCUGCUUCUAGCACCAGGCGUCAUGGCCGCGAUCCUGCCCCGAAUGGGCUGCGGUCUCAAUGCAGCCUUCCAGCAAGACAUCGCCGAGUCCGUGAACCAGUGGUGCAUCGCCUGCCCGGUCUCGCCGUACGAGUGCUUCCCGCCACACGACUCGGUCACGCUGCAGGUACAGGCCGAGGACAGUGUCUCGUACGAUCUCAACAACACGACCGAUGCGUUCACGCUACGUGCUAACGUCAACCUUGUUGCUGCGCUGCGAGAUCCUGUGACGAACACAUCCACGGGGUGCCGCCACCUAGCGAUCGUCGGCAACGCCAGUACGACGACCAACGUUAGCCUCGCAAGCUUCCAGGGCCUUGCUCGGCUAACCUCUCUAGUCCUGCAACGUGUCGUGCUCCAAGCCUCUACGCCGCCGACGAGCUCUGUGGCGUCCAUCACGAUUGGCGACAGCACGCUGCCCAAUACGACUUUGAAUCUGCAAGCGUUUGAGCAGCUCACGACGCUAGCCAUCACCAACAGCUCUCUCAGCAGCUGCCCAUCCCUCGCGCCAGCUGCGCUGGCCACCCUUUCCACACUAAACUUGCGUGGGAAUGCCUUGACGACCUUUCCGACGCAAGUGCUUCAUCUAACGCACGCCAACGUCUCCAUCGACUUACAAGGCAACCCAAGUCUUGGCGUCCCCACCAACGCCACGCCCACCGAGCUCGCCACGUAUGCGUCACUUCUCAAAUCGGGGCAGCUUCUUGUGGACGCGGCCACGAUCGCUACGCCGGCGCCGACGGCUGCCACCAGCAAUAUUUCGCCCUCCAUGAUCGACCCGACGUCGAGCAGCAAGACCCCGUCCAGCGCCGGUAAUGCCCUGUCCUGGUCGACGGUCCUGCUCAUCGUUGCCGGCUGCUGCAUCGUCGCGGGCGUCGUCUUCGUCCUCGUCUUCCGGCACCGAAAAAUGUCGUCGUUCCUCACGCAACAGCAAAGCUCGCUUGCUGCGAGCUUCCUUGCGUCUGGCGGGGACCGCGCCAUGUCCCCGUUCUCUGCGCCCGCCCGCGCGUCGCCGCAGUUUGUCCCCAACGUCGGUCCGUUCCCGGCGCUGGCAUCGUACCGGCUCCUCGACGCCAGUGAGUUCUCGCGCAUCAAGACGAACGCCGCGACGGGCAUUCUCAGCGCUAUCUACAAGAGUGAGCCCGUGAUGCUCAAGAAGUUGGACGUGCUCGCAGUCCAGUACGAUACGCACCUCGACAUGUUCUUGAGACAGCUCGAGCGAGCGUCGCUGCUGAGCCACCGGAACGUCGUCGCCCUCCUCGGUGGUGUCCAGCUCUCGGGUAUCGCGAUCGCCGGUGUCUUUGAGGGCGCCGAGAAAGGGUCCCUCCCGAGUCUUCUGGCCAACGACCAAGUCGAUUUGAGCUGGGCGCUCAAGCUCCAAAUGGCGACGGGGCUCGCAGACGGCCUCGCGUAUUUGCAGGAACACACGGAAGACACGACGCAGUGGACGAGCCGCGACAUUCUCGUGCAGCAAGACUACGACUGCAAGUGGAACAUUGUGCGCUGGUUCGACGACGAGGGCGGUCCCAGCUUGGUGCGCUAUGGCAGCGCGACGCUGGCGUAUGUUGCCCCAGAAGCGCUUUUGAGCCAACCCUCGACCCGCGGACCGAUGCAGGUCUACACGCUCGGUGUGUUCCUCGGCGAGCUCGCGACACGACUAGCGCCGUACGCGGAGCGGGUCCACGAGCUCGGCGCUGUGAACACCGACGUGAUGGUGGCCGAGAGCUAUGGCGCCUCACCCCUUGUGCCGCAUGCAAUGAUGGCCGAGAUGACACCGGAGGGCUACUGCGCCAUUGUGGCCGACUGUCUCCGACGAGAACCGUCGGCCCGCCCCACGGCGCGCGACGUCGUACAACGUCUGCUUCUCUUGUAAAUUGCGCCCACCACAUGCGUAUGUACUAGUCUCUAGAAGUAUAAGGACGCCUCCACCUCUAACCAUCGGUGAUCAUGUACGCUUCGAGUCCCUCAAGAACGCGAGCAUCAAAGCAGCAAAGGGCGUUGCCUUUCUAUUUUGGGCAAACGGUUUAUAAUCCCUACAAACUGCAAGGUGU